GGAUCUUUGCUUGCUGUAGCAGUUGCUUCAGAUGUUCUGUGUGAUGUUCCCACAGGUGCGGGGAAACCCAGGAGCUUUCAGAAGAAGCCUUAUGUUCUCAGCCUGGUCUUACUUGGGAUUUGAAACUUACCAGCUCCUUUCUCCAGCUGCUGUGGUUCAUGCCGCAGCCAAAGGCUUCCGAGUUGAAGAAAUCCUCCAACAAGCAGACUACCUCUACGAAAGCGGGGAGACGGAGAGACUCUACCAGUUGCUGACCCAGCACAAGGACAGUGAAGAUGCCGAGUUGCUGUGGCGUCUGGCGCGGGCAUCCCGGGACCUGGCUCAGCUUAGCGGAACCUCAGCGGAGGAGAGAAAGGCCCUGGUGUACGAGGCGCUGGAGUACGCGAAGCGGGCGCUGGAGAAGAACGAAGCGAGCUUUGCGGCCCACAAGUGGUAUGCCAUCUGCAUUAGUGACGUUGGCGAUUACGAAGGCAUCAAGGCUAAAAUCGCAAAUGCCUACGUUAUCAAGGAGCAUUUUGAGAAAGCAAUUGAAUUGAACCCUAAAGAUGCGACUUCGAUUCACCUAAUGGGUAUUUGGUGCUACACGUUUGCUGAAAUGCCUUGGUAUCAGAGAAGAAUUGCCAACAUGCUGUUUGCAGCCCCUCCCAGCUCCACCUACGAGGAGGCCUUAGGCUACUUUCAAAAGGCAGAGCAAGUGGAUCCAAACUUCUACAGCAAAAACUUGCUUCUCUUAGGAAAGACAUACUUGAAGCUACAGAACAAAAAGCUCGCUGCGUUCUGGCUGCUGAAGGCCAAGGACUAUCCGGCCUGCACCGAGGAGGACAAGCAGAUACAGAGAGAAGCCGCACAGUUGCUCGCAGAGUUCAGUGGCAAGAACUGAGUGUUUCAGAGACGCAGCGCACACCUAGGGUGUUGCCCUCCCACCAACUGUACGUGUGUGAACACGACUGGUCUUGGCUCUCAGUGCCAAUGACGUGACCAUGUGACAACUGAAAUACACAGAUUCUUCACAAAUAACAAGGCAGAAGCAGUAACUGCUGUGAGGUGGUGGCGGUGUCGCAUGGUGGGGGGCCGGUUACUGUGCAUCUGGGGUACCAGCGUUCCAGGCAUGGCAUUUGAGAACCAAUCACUUGGGAUGGAGGGGCAUGUUUCCAGUUGGUGGCUCCAGCUGAGACCCUGCAGAGAAGGGGCAGUGGGGUGAGGAGGUUGGGAGUUGGGGUGCUGGGCAUCAGUCUCUGUGCAUGCUGGGACAUGGUCUCUCAGGGGGUGGUCUGUGACAGGACAGAGCCCAGGCCUGUUCCCUGAUGGGGUAAAAAGAACACAGCUCAAGGGAGGAAUGGGACACGUUUAACCAGAGGCAGACGAUGCUGUGCCCUCGGGCUGGUGCCCGGCACUGCCGCUGUUUGUGAGGAGCAGCUUGAAUGAGGGUCCAUGGGCGACUCCCCGAGGGUUGGGGUGGUGUCCCUGUGACUGGGGCACGCGGUGCUCAUGUGUGCUCUCAAACACGAAGGGAAACAGUGGACUGCGUCUCUCCGUGUGCGGUCACAUGUAGAUUCUGCCUCCGUGUGUGUGUGUGGUCAUAUAUAUUCCUCAACCUUGAAUUAAGUGCACACGAUGUAGUUCAUCCCGAACACUUCAUCAUACAGACCCCUUCACAGUCCAUUACCACAGCUGAUACCCAGACCUUUAAGUUUCCUCAAAUGCCACAAUGUCUUACAGUUUUUAAAGCCAGGAUGCCAAUGUCACACCUUGCAUUUGAUUUCCCACCUACAUUUUGUGAAAUCGGAAACACUCCCAUCUUUUUUCUUAGCAGUGACUGUGUGAAGUGGCCAGGCCAGCAGUCUUAGAUUGUCCCUUGUUCAAUGGACCUUAUGGAACCUACUUUGAGAACCAGUGGUCCUGUGCCCUUCACGCCCGGUUGGUUGUGUAUGUUGGAUCUUCUCCGCCCAACGUUGUUUACACUUUCAUUGCAGUGGCUCUGAGGCUGCUUUCUGAGGACGAGCCCUUGUGUGGGAUUAGCAGGUGAGCCGUGGGAGGCGAGGCCUGGGUAGACUGCCCUCUGCCGAGUGGUCUCUGGGAAGUGAGGUACUGCUCAGUAAUAAAGCCUUUUGCUGCG